GACGAAAUAAACAAAUAAUUGAUAAAUCACGUGUUUUUUAUUAUUACUAGAUAAAAUAUUUUUUUUUAAUUAAAAAAUUAUUCCUAUUGUUUUUUCUCUUUAUAUACAUUUAUAAAAUAUAUACAUAAAUUUUUUUUUUUAAUAUAUACGCAAUAUAAAUUUAAUAUAUAUAAAAUGUCAUUUGUUGUUGGUUUUGAUUUUGGUACUAAAAAUUGCACCAUCGCCGUUGCUCAAAAAGGUGGUGUUGAUGUUAUCGCUAAUGAAGUUUCUAAUCGUUUAACUCCAUCAAUGGUUUCAUUUGGUGAAAAAGAAAGAUAUUUAGGUGAACCAGCUUUAACUAAUCAACUUAGGAAUAUCAGAAAUACAAUUACAAAUAUUAAAAGAUUCAUUGGUAAAGAAUAUAAAGAACCACAAGUUCAAGAAGAAUUAAAACAUGAAAUGUUUUCAUCAUCUGAAUUAGAAAAUGGAUUUAUUGGAUAUGAUGUUACAUAUGCAGGUGAAUCAACUCAAUUUUCAAGUGAAGCAAUUUUAGGUAUGCUUUUCACCAAAUUAAAAAAGACCACAGAAAACUUUGUUAAUAAUCCAGUUCGUGAUGUCGUAAUUUCAGUACCAGUUUUUUGGAAUGAAUAUCAACGUCGUGCCAUCUUAAAUGCUGGUAUUAUUGCUGGUUUAAAUAUCCUUCGUUUAGUUAACGAAACAACAGCCACAGCUCUUUCAUACGGUAUUUAUAAAGAAUUUUCAGAAACUGAACCAACCAAUCUUUUAUUCAUCGAUGUUGGUGAUGCCGCCACUUCAGUAUCAGCUGUUCAAUACAAAAAAGGUCAACUCAAAGUUUUAGGUAACAGUUGGAAUUCCGAUAUUGGUAGCAGACUUUUCGACGAAACAUUAGUUAAACACUUUGCUAAAGAAUUCAAAGCCAAAUACAAGAUUGAUGUUUUCGAAAACAAAAAAGCUUUAAUUAGAUUAAGAGUUGCUUGCGAAAAAGUUAAAAAAGUCCUCUCAUCAAACAACGAAGCUCCAAUUUCAAUUGAUUCACUUAUGGAAGAUAAAGAUGUUAAAGGUAUGAUCGAUCGUGCCACUUUUGAAGAAUUAAUCCAAGAUGAUGUUGAAGCUAUCACCGGCCCAAUUAAAAAACUCUUAUCAGAUUUACAAAUGACCCCAGAACAAUUCCACUCCAUCGAAAUCACUGGUGGUGGUACACGUUCAGUCUCACUCCAAAAGAAAUUAGUUGAAAUUUUAGGUAGAGAUCUUUCAAGAACCAUCAACUCUGAAGAAUCUGUUUGUCGUGGUGCUGCUCUUCAAUGUGCUAUGUUAUCACCAGUUUUCAGAGUUCGUCCAUUUGCUGUUAAUGAUAUUGCCAGUUACCCAAUUACUGUCAACUUUAAAUCAGUCUCUGGUGUUGAACAAAAAUUAGAACUCUUUAACCUCAAGAGUGCUGUCCCAUCUCCAAAACCAUUAAGAAUCUCAUUCCCAAUUACCAAAUCUGAAGGUUUUGAAGUCUAUGUCAACAGUACUUAUGGCAAUGUAUGCACUGUUAAAGUUGAUCAAAUCCCAUCAUUCACAAAUAAAUCAUCAAUUAAAGCUAGAGUUUGGUUAGAUAUCCACGGUCUUUUCCACAUUGAUGAAGUUAAAUUAGUUGAACAAAUCCCAGAAGAACAACCAGCUGCUCCAGCUGAAGGUUCAGAAUCACCAGCCGCUCCAGCUGAAGGUGCUGCCUCACCAAAUGGUACUCCAGCCGAACCAGCCAAGGCCCCAGAAGAGAAAAAAGUUAAAGUUCAAGAAUCACCAAUUGCUUAUACCGUUAUUACUAAAGGUAUGACCAAAGAUGAAUUAAAAAAUGCCGUCGAAGAAGAAUGCCGUAUGCAAGCUGCUGAUACUUUAGCCAUCGAAACCUCAGAAAAGAGAAACGCUCUUGAAAGUUACAUUUAUGAUAUGCGUUCAAAACUUACAACUUCACUCAAACCAUUUGUUACUGCUGAUAAUGCCGAUAAAUUCAUGGAAAAAUUAAACAAAGCUAUGGAUUGGUUAGAUAGCGAAGAAGGCGAAGAUCAAACUAAAUCUGUUUAUGCUGGUAAACUCGAUGAACUCACCCGUAUUGGUAACCCAAUCCAAAAACGUGCCAUCGACGAAGAAGAAUAUAAUGAUGUUGCUCAAUCACUCAAAAACACUGCUUCCCUUUGCAAAAAUGAAGCCCUCACUCCAGGUGAAAAAUAUGAUCACAUUACCAAAGAAGAAAAAGAAAAAAUUAUUAAAGAUUGUGAUGCCGCUGUCGAUUGGAUUGACCAAUUAUUAAACAAACAAAAAUCAUUACCAAAAACCCAACCAUUAUGUUUCAAUAUUGCUGAUGUUAACAGUAAAAAGAGUCAAUUAGAAUCAACUACCAAAUCAAUCCUUGGUAAAGCUAAACCAAAACCAGCCCCAGCCACCCCACCACCACAACCAAACCCAGAAGAAAAGGAAAUUGAAGACCAACCAAUGAAAGAAUCCGAACAACCAAAAGAUCAAAAAAUGGACGAUGUUGAUAAUUAA